GACAGGGGAGGCCACUCUCGCGAUAUUUCCGUUUUACCAUGGAGGAGGGGGAGGAGGAGUCAGGGCUUCAGACUGCAGAUUUAAGUGCCGGCCAAUCUCUGACGCUGAAUUUGGCUGAACUGGACAUCUUGGAUGAUGCAGAAUUUGAAAUUCCAACUGUGGAGAAACCCCCUACUCUUGAGAGCAUCCUCAAUGAGCCAGAAGAUGACACUCUGGAUGAAGAGGACAUGGCUAUUGCUGCCCCUUUGCCACUGCUCAAAGCAGACUCAGGUGAAUCAUCUUCAAUCUCCAGUGUUGAGAGCAUGGAAACAAGGCGUAAAGAAAAGCUGCGGACUCCAAAGACUAUCCAUGGGUCUGUUGUGAAACCUAAAAAACUGAAAAGUAUUUCUGCUCAGCUUUUAUCAGCAGCUGACAGAGUGGAUGCAGGAAUGCCCACAGCCAUAGCUGUUUCUUCUCUAGUUGCCAUUGGAACAUCACAUGGACUGGUGCUUGUUUUCGACACCAGACAAGUCUUGAAGUGGUGUUUAGGUAGCACUGCAGUUGGAGCCCAGUAUGGAGCCGUAUCAGCUCUGAGCUUCAAUCGUGACUGCUCACGGUUGCUAUGUGGUUUUGCAAAGGGUCAAAUCACCAUGUGGGAUUUGACAAAUGGCAAGUUGAUCAACAUCACUGAUGCUCAUCCACCUGGAACUGCGGUGCUUCAUGUCAAAUUCACUGACAGCUUUGUUUUGGCAGCAUGCAGUGAUAGUGGUGGUUCCGUGUUUGAAUUAGAAUUCAAGCGGCUUAUUGGAGUACGUUCAUGUGAGUCACAGUGUCUUUUCUCAGGAAGCCGUGGUGAAGUGUGUACAAUAGAGCCAUUGCACAUGAACUACACAAUAAAAGACCACCCAAUGCAAGAUGUCAUGCUGCUGGCCAUGGCUUCUCUUUCUAAGGUGCUUGUGGUCACUUUACGACCUCAGCUGAAAGUUAUGUUUACCCAUCCACUGAAGGGAGAUCCAGCUACUCUUCCUCAACUUGCGUGGCAGUUUGUCAUCAUCCAGGUAUCAGAGAAAGAUAGAGUGAUCGACCCUGUUCUAGCAUUUGGUCGUGACCAGACUAUUUUUUUCUAUCAAGUCAUCUGCACAGGCCCCCAUGACAUUCGAGUGUCAGGUCUUCAGAAGCUUCAGUUGUCUUACAAGAUUCUGAGCUUUGUGUGGAUGAAUGCACGGACACUUGUCAUUCUGGAUAAAUCAGAAAAGUUGCAUGUUAUUGAUGUUCGAUCUGAGGAAGAACUGGAGGUGAUAGAUGUGUCAGAUGUACAGCUAGUGUACAGCAGCAGCUGCUUUAAGUCAUUGGCGACAGGAGGAAAUGUCAGUCAGGCACUGGCCUUUGCAGGAGAACAGGCCUGCUAUCAAUCUGUUGCCAGUUAUGGUGGUCAGCUUUUUUUGUUGGGCACCAAAGCUGUCUACAUUUACACCCUUCGCACUUGGAAAGAACGCAUUGACGUCCUUGUCAAAGCUGGACAGUACCAUGAUGCUCUUGCCUUAGCUUUGUCUUUCUAUGAAGGCAAAGCUAAGGCUGUAGUGGGACUUCCAUCGUCACAUAGUCAAAGGGCUCAGAUAGUUUCUCAUCAGAUUAUUGACAUUUUGUUUGAAUUUGUGGACUUGUCUAUGACAAAACUGUGCCCAGACAAAGGACGGAUUGAAGAACUAGAAGACUAUUAUCAGUCAUCAGUAAGCACCUCCAAGGAAAUUGUUCCUGUCUGUGUUGAUUACUGUCUACAUUUGAAGAAAAUGGAUAUUCUGUUUGGACGAAUCUAUGACCGAUUCGCAGCCGAUGUGAUUGCCAAGGGCACAUUCCUGGAAUGCCUUGAGCCAUAUAUUCAGUCAGACAGACUAACUGCCAUUCCACCUGGAGUGAUGAAAGAUUUUGUGGACCAUUAUGAGAUGCGAGGCAUGCUGGACAGUGUGGAAUCAUGCAUAGUGCAUCUGGACAUUGGCAGCUUAGACAUACAUCAGGUUGUAAACUUAUGCUGGAGCCAUUGUUUGUAUGAUGCUAUCAUCUACGUGUAUACUAGAGGAAUGCAUGACUACAUAACACCAUUGGAACAGCUCCUGACUAGGCUGGGAGAUGCCCUAAGCACUGGAAAGCAGCUUACAGAUAACCAAAUUCGACUGGGCAACAAGCUGUUAGUGUAUAUCAGCUGUUGUCUUGCUGGUCGUUCCUAUCCUAUGGGUGACAUACCAACAGAUCAGGUGGCAGUUGUCAAGGAACGGGUAUUCUCUUUCAUUACCUGUCUUCAUACAUCAAAACCCAGGGACAGUGAGCCUGCUUACCCUUACCUGAGGACACUUCUUCAGUUUGAUACCAGAGAGUUUCUGAAUGUUUUGGCUCUGGCCUUUGAAGAAGCAGAAUUUAACAAGGAGGAAGGAAUUCAGAAGAGACAGAGAGUGGUGGAUAUUUUGUUGCAGAUCAUGGUUGAAAGUAUAGGCUUCUCUCCAACACAAGUUGGAAUUCUCUUUACAUUCUUGGCACGUCAGAUGGCACGACAUGAAAAUACCAUCUUUGUCAACAGGAUUCUUUUUGAACAGGUACUGGAAUUUCUUGCCAAUCCUGCAGAUGAGUCGCGCCACGAAGAAAGACAGCAAGCACUGAUGGAACUCAUUCAUGCUGGUGGCCUUGCACAGUUUGAUGAGAUGCGUCUGUUAAGGCUGGCAGAAAAUGCAAAAUUUUACAGAGUAUGUGAGUUUCUGUACGAGAAGAGACGAGAGUACCACAACAUACUGCUCUGCUACAUCAAAGACCCUUCUCGAAGGUAUCAUGUGUUCACCUUCAUCAACAACAUAGUUCAGAGUCAGCUGUAUACAGAAGCUGAGAAGAAACAACUGCAGGAAGAGGCACUUAGGAACUUGGAGGAUCUGGUGUCAAUAGAUUGUAAGCAGGCAGCUAGUAUGGUAAUGACCAGCUUGACUGGCAGUCUUAGGAUGGUGACUGGACGACUGUUGAGUAAGCCCAGUGUACUGUUCGAGUUUCUACAAGGUGUCAUGGCCCACAGGGAGUCAAAUGGGAGUGCGACCAAUCCAGAGAAGCAGCUUGCCCUUGAUCCAGACAUUGUUGAGUCUUAUGUAGACCUGAUGUGUCGUUUCCGACCACAAGAUGUUUGCAACUUUAUCAAGAUGAAUGAGGGAUAUCGACUAGAAGAAACAUUGGAGAUAUGCCGAAAGCACAAGGUGUCAGAGGCAACAGCAUAUCUGUUGGAGAAAGCUGGUGACGUACAAGGAGCUUUUGGCAUCCUACUCCAGAACUUGCAGACUAAUCUCAAACAAGUGGUGCAGGUCAUCCAGGGUUCAGACAAGGCUACAGAUGUGGAUGUCCUGUUUUCCAAAGUGGAGACAGAGCUGUAUGUUGUGGUUCAACUGUGUCAGCGAAAUUCUGGCAAAAUGGACCGAGCAGCCAGAGAGGCCUUGUGGUUCCCUUUGCUUGAAGCCAUUAUGGCUCCACAAAGGAAGCUCAAAGAGACAGCUGACAAGAAGUAUCUUGACCAUCUGAAGGAAAUGACCCAUCAUGUCUUGAACAGCAUGAUGGGCUACAUAGCUCCUCCAGCUCUCCUGCAAAAAAUUAUACAGGAUCCUGCCUACAACACAGGCAAGUUUGGAGAAAUCAAGGAACUCAUAAUUGGCAUGCUGGAGAACUACAAUUAUGAGGAGACACUUAUGGAGACAUGCAAGAGCCUUCUGUACCAUGAUCUGUAUGUGCACCUGCACAGUCUGACAUCUGCUGCAAAUCGUGGGUUUGUGCCACGAUCAGAAGCAUGCAAUCUUUGCAACUCUGACUUCACUGGCUAUGUGCAACCAAGUGAAAGUGAUCCUGUGAUUGUGUUUAGAUGUGGCCAUUGCUAUCAUGAACCUUGCCUGCGAGCUGUGGGAUCCAUCCAUGUGUUAGAAGGCGAGGAAACAUUUGUUUGCUACUUGUGCAGCAGUGCCAAACGCUCAGGGCGUCUUACCAGCACUCGAUUUCACAGGUCCCUACCAGAUCCUGCCCAACAGCUCAGACAGUCAUAUAGAAGCAAAACAGGUGCCAAAGAGAUGUCACUGGAUCCACAACAUGUCCUGGCUUUUGAGAAUAUACGUCGCUCCAUGAAAACUCCUUCACGAAUGGCCAUCUUGACAGAACUAGCCAAACCAGAACGAUCAUCUUCUCAUCAGAAGCCCCUCAGCAUCUUCCAGAAAGAAAAUUUCAGUCUACGAUUGGCCCCACCUCCUCCAAUGGGUUUCAGUGAUGUAAUAUAAGUGUGCUGUGUGCUUGUGUGAUGGUUGAUCAAUGCUUGAACUUGCAGUAGAGAUUAUGUGAAAAUAAAUGUUAAGAAAAGGGUCAGAAGAUGACGUAUGAGUGAAUAUACAGUUUAAGCAGUUAUUGACAAAGCAAAGAGAAGUACAUGCAUGAUUAAUACAUUAUCUUGACAAGUGUAAUUUCAGUUUGGAUAUGAGUGCUUGGCAUGCAAGAGAUAGUUUUUACUGUUACUGUAUUUGCAAGUGUUAAUCUCCUAGUUCUUAUCUAAUAAAAAGAGUCUCUGUGUUGGGAAUGACUGAGAAUGUGAAGUUUCAAAUUAUUAUUUAAAAGUUCUUGAACAUGUUCUCAGAUAGAAAUGCAUGGGCAUGCCAUUAACUUUUUUUGAUAGUCCUUCUAUUUUUGUGUGAUAAAAUACAUGUCAUGUAAAUUGAAAUAUAUGAUCACUGGUUUGCUUGAAAGAGUGACUGACAACAUGGGGAAAGUAUUCCAAAUACGAUUUCUGCAAUAUAUAUAAAUGUGGUAAUUUUCGAGUAUAAUAAGACACUUUUGAAAUGAAAUUGUGAAAGCAUGUUGUUUAUUAAUUUUUUUCAUUCUAAAAUUAACAGUCAACCAUGUCUGAAGUCUUAAACAUUGAAUAUAAGGUUGUCACAACAUUCAAGCAGAUAGAGAAUUAAAAACCAUGAGAAGUGUCA